UUCCACCCCUUCUCCCUCCCUUUCCACCUAUCCUCCCCAGUCCCUUUCUAUUUGGUAAUUGUGAGUCCUUUCUUGGGUUCUGUGAUUCUGCUGCUGGUUUAUUCCUUCUGUUUUUCCUUUGUUCUUAUACUCCAGAGAUGAGUGAAAUCAUCUGGUACUUGUCUUUUUCCAUCUGGCUUAUUUCACUGACCAUAAUACCCUCUAGCUCCAUCCAUGUUGACAAAAAUGGUAGGAUUUGUUUUCUUCUUAUGGCUGAGUAGUAUUCCAUUGUGCAUAUGUACCACAUCUUCUUUAUCCAUUCAUCUACUGAUGGACACUUAGGUUCCUUCCAUUUCUUGGCUAUUGAAAAUAGUGCUGCGAUAAACAUAGGGGUGCAUCUGUCUUUUUAAAAUUGGGCUGCUGUAUUCUUAGGGUAAAUUCCUAGAGGUGGUAUUCCUGGGUCAAAUGGUAUUUCUAUUUUGAAUAUUUGAGGAACCUCCAUACUGCUUUCCACAGUGAUUGAACUAAAUUACAUUCCCACCAGCAGGGGAGGAGGGUUCCCCUUUCUCCUCAUCCUCGCCAGCAUUUGUUGUUGUUUGUCUUUUGGAUGGUGGUGAUCCUUACUGGUGUGAGGUGACAUCUCAUUGCGGUUUUAAUUUGCAUUUCUCUGAUGACUAGCGAUGUGGAGCAUCUUUUCAUGUGUCUGUUGGCCAUCUGGAUUUCUUCUUUGGAGAACUGUCUGUUCAGCUCCUCUGCCCAUUUUUAAAUUGGAUUAUUUGCUCUUUGUUUGUUGAGGUGUGUGAGCUCUUUAUACAUUGUUGAUGUCAACCCUUUAUUAGAUCUGUCAUUUAUGAAUAUAUUCUCCCAUACUGUAGGAUGCCUUUUUGUUCUAUUGAUGGUGUCCUUCCCUGUACAGAAGCUUUUCAGCUUGAUAUAGUCCUAUAUGUUCAUUUUUGCUUUUGUUUCCCUUGCCCAGGGAGAUAUAUUCAUGAAGAAGUCACUCAUGUUUAUGUCCAAGAGACGUUUGCUUAUGUUUUUUCUAAGAGUUUUAUGUUUUCAUGGCUUACAUUCAGGUCUUUGAUCCAUUUCAAAUAUACUUUUCUGUGUAGGGUUAGACAGUGAUCCUCAUUUCCUUCUCUUUUGCAGCCACCACCUCGGACGUUGAAGCUGUGACCCAGACCACCAACAGCGGUGGCAGCACCACCUCAUCCCAUGUCACAUCCGGGGUGUCAGCAGGCCCCACUGGCAGCGGGGUCUUUGGGAUGAGCGUGUCAGCCCCCCACAGCAGCUCCACCACUGGGGUAUUCAACUUUGUGCCAGGAUGGAGUGGGAGAACUGGUGACACAGCCCCUUUCUGGGGAUGCCUGUGUCAGAACUCCCUGGGUGCAGCUGGCCAGAGCACACUGUUUGCCAUCUACGUGGCCAGCACACCUCAGAACACAUCUGUGCUUGCAGCCAUCACCUCCGGCUCUGGAGCAGUGACCCAGACCACCAGCUGUGGGGCCAGUACAUCACGGUUUGGCAGCACCGUCUCUGCGCCCUUCACAUCCAGGGUGUCAGCAGGCCCCACUGGCAGUGGGGGCUUUGGGACAAGCGUGGCUGCCCCCCACAGCAGCUCCACCACUGGGGCAUUUGGCUCUGCGUCAGGACGGAGUGGGAGAACUGGUCUCAAGAACCCUUCCUGGGGAUCCUUGAAUCCAGACUCCCUGGGUGCAGCUGGCCAGAGCACACCAUCUGCUUUCCGUGUGGCCAGCACGCAGCAGAACACGCCCGGGUUUUCAGGUGAGAUUUGGAAUGGGCUCGGUCUGCCGUGCCAGGCGCUGUCUUAAGUGCUGACACAGUCUCCGC